GUAAAGUUUUUCCUGUUCAAAUUGCAAAGAAAUAUUUACUCUCUCUCUGGUUCCAACCGACCCUUGUACCUCCUCCAUCUCUCUCUAAAAAUAUAUGUAUACAUUUUGUAUAUGUAUAUAUCUCUCUCUAUUAUAACUUGCUAGCGAUCAUGCUUUUGAUGACCUAACUCUGUCUUUCUUCCACCUAUACUUUUCCCUUCUUUCAUACGAAGUUUUGUUUUUGUACAAAAUUGUCGGUUUGGAAUUUUGGAAGAACCUCAUUUUUUUUCCUCUCUGUUUUAUCUUUGCAUGACUUGUAUAUCUUCAUGAUUACUAGAAAUUGAAAGAUGGUUCAGCUCACAAAAGAGAUUUUUCAGUUUUCAACAUGAAAAGAGCAAAAUUUGACUUGUUCAUGUCACUGAGUCGGCAAAGAUUGGUGCAAGUUUUGAUUUUUAUAGGCUUUUUGUAUGUAAUUUUGGUGGGUCUUGAAGUUCCUUUUGUUUUCAAAAAUGGGUUUAGUUUAGUUUCUCAAGACGGUUUUGGUACAGGUCAGUUUUCAAAGCCUUUUGUGCUUGAUAGUGAAGAAGAAUUAGAAGAAAAAGAAGCCCCAAACCGCCCUCUAGAUGUCCCAAUUUUAGUUCCAAGUCAAUCAAAACCUGAAAUAAAGAUAAGAGAAAUCAAGAAUCCAUUAUCAAGUUUGGUUUUUGAUGGUAGUUAUGUAAAUAUGAGUAGUAAUGAUGGGUUUUCAGGGAUUUUGAAGUCAGCAAAAGAGGCAUUUGAGUUAGGUAGAAAGGUGUGGAAAGAACUUGAAUUGCAUAAAAAAGAAGUGGCCUUUCUAGAAAGUAAUAACAAAACAGAAGAGUGCCCACAUUCUAUUUCAAUGUCAGGGUUUGAUUUUCAGGGAAAAGGGAGAGGAAUGAUGGUGUUGCCAUGUGGGCUUACACUUGGGUCACAUAUAACUGUUGUAGGGAGGCCAAAAAGUGCCCAUCAAGAACAUGAUUCAAAGAUAUCAUUGCUUAAAGAAGGUCAAUUCUUGAUGGUUUCACAGUUUAUGAUGGAAUUACAAGGGUUGAAGACAGUUGAUGGAGAGGACCCGCCAAGGAUUCUUCAUUUUAAUCCAAGAUUGAAGGGUGAUUGGAGUGGAAAGCCAGUGAUUGAGCAGAAUACUUGUUAUAGGAUGCAGUGGGGGACAGCUCAAAGGUGUGAUGGGUGGAGGUCCAGGGAUGAUGAGGAGACUGUUGAUGGCCAGGUAAAAUGUGAAAAGUGGGUUCGAGAUGAUGCCGGUAAUCAGUCUGAGCAAUCAAAGGCAUCUUGGUGGUUAAACCGUCUAGUAGGGCGAAAAAAGGUGGUCGAUUUUGAUUGGCCAUUCCCAUUUUCAGAGGAUAGGCUAUUUGUGCUAACUCUCAGUGCCGGUUUGGAGGGCUAUCAUGUGAAUGUUGAUGGGAGGCAUGUGACCUCAUUUCCAUAUCGAAUUGGAUUUGCGCUCGAGGAUGCCACUGGUUUGUCAUUGAAUGGCGAUGUUGAUGUCGAUUCAGUCUUUGCUGCCUCCUUGCCCACGUCACAUCCUAGUUUUUCUCCUCAAAGGCAUCUUGAUAUGUCAAACAGAUGGAGGGCACCACCCCUCCUUGAUCAGCCUGUGGAUCUGUUCAUUGGUGUUCUCUCUGCAGGCAAUCAUUUUGCUGAGCGAAUGGCUAUAAGGAGGUCUUGGAUGCAGCAUCAACUAAUCAAAUCUUCAAAUGUUGUGGCUCGAUUCUUUGUCGCAUUGCAUGCGAGGAAGGAUAUAAACGUGGAGUUGAAGAAAGAGGCAGAAUUCUUUGGUGACAUUGUCAUUGUUCCUUUCAUGGACAAUUAUGAUCUUGUUGUCUUGAAAACAGUUGCCAUAUGUGAAUAUGGGGUCCAUGUAGCAUUUGCAAAAAAUAUCAUGAAGUGUGAUGAUGAUACAUUUGUUAGAGUGGAUGCAGUUAUCAAGGAAAUAAAUAAAAUACCCGAGAAUAGGAGCUUAUAUGUUGGAAAUAUCAAUUACUAUCAUAAGCCCCUGCGUAAUGGUAAAUGGGCAGUGACAUAUGAGGAAUGGCCAGAAGAAGAGUAUCCACCUUAUGCGAAUGGACCGGGUUACAUUAUUUCAUCAGCCAUUGCAAACUUCAUCGUCUCAGAGUUCGAUCGACAUAAGCUAAAGUUGUUCAAGAUGGAGGACGUGAGCAUGGGAAUGUGGGUCGAGAAAUUUAAUAGCUCAUCAAGACCUGUGCAAUAUGUACACAGCUUGAAGUUCUCCCAAGCUGGAUGUGUAGACGAUUAUUAUACCGCUCAUUACCAGUCCCCUAGACAGAUGAUUUGCAUGUGGAACAAAUUACAACAGCUAGGCCGGCCUCAAUGCUGUAACAUGAGAUGACACUUAUUAUGAUAACUGUCCAAGGAACAAGGAUAGACAAGUUUUGCACUUAAAUAGAACAAUGAUCUGUAUAUUUGUUGGAGGACUUGGUUUUUAAUAUGACAGGGUUACUGCUUA